CGCAGUCCGCACGCCAUUUUGGAAGAGGAGAUUCGUUUAGAAGUAGUUGACGUUCCUGGAUUUUGUUACAUUUCAGCGUCGCGCGUUCUCUCGGGCGAAGUAUUAGCACGCCAAUAAUGGGCGAAGAUUUUAACGGAGAGCGCGAUAGACAGGAUCGGGACAAAGACAGAGAUCGAGAUAGGGAUCGCGACAGGCGGCACCGAUCGCGCAGUCGAGAUCGCAGAAAGCGCUCCCGUUCUCGCUCCAAAGAUCGCAGAGACAGGAAGAGGAGUAAUUCGCCGAAGAAGAGUCGCAGCUCCAGGAGAAGAAAACCGUCUUUGUAUUGGGAUGUGCCGCCGCCUGGUUUCGAACAUAUUACUCCUUUGCAGUACAAGGCUAUGCAAGCGGCUGGUCAGAUACCUGCAAAUAUUGUAGCGGACACACCUCAGGCAGCUGUACCCGUAGUCGGUAGCACCAUUACUCGUCAAGCGAGAAGACUUUACGUAGGAAACAUUCCAUUCGGCGUCACUGAGGAGGAAAUGAUGGAGUUCUUUAACCAACAGAUGCAUCUUUCCGGACUUGCGCAAGCUGCUGGAAAUCCAGUAUUGGCGUGUCAAAUUAAUUUAGACAAAAAUUUCGCAUUUUUGGAGUUCCGAUCGAUAGACGAAACCACGCAGGCUAUGGCGUUCGAUGGCAUAAAUUUCAAAGGGCAGAGUCUGAAGAUAAGAAGGCCGCAUGAUUAUCAGCCAAUGCCGGGAAUGACCGAUAAUCCAAGCAUGAACGUGCCAGGUACGGUUCCUGAUUCGCCGCACAAGAUCUUCAUUGGUGGUUUACCAAAUUAUUUGAAUGAGGAACAGGUGAAGGAGCUGUUGAUGAGCUUUGGACAACUGAGAGCGUUCAAUCUAGUAAAGGAUUCCGCAACCGGUCUCUCCAAGGGAUAUGCAUUCUGUGAAUAUGUAGACGUCUCAAUGACCGACCAGGCAAUCGCCGGAUUGAACGGGAUGCAGCUGGGGGACAAGAAAUUAAUUGUACAACGCGCUAGCGUUGGUGCUAAGAAUCCUAUGAUAGGCGCACAAGCUCCAGUACAAAUUCAAGUGCCUGGUCUGUCAAUGGUUGGCACUAGCGGACCUGCGACCGAAGUGCUUUGUUUGCUCAAUAUGGUCACGCCCGAGGAACUAAUGGAGGAAGAAGAAUACGAGGAUAUCCUCGAGGACAUCAAAGAAGAGUGUAAUAAAUACGGUGUGGUGCGAUCUGUGGAGAUUCCUAGACCCAUCGAAGGUGUUGACGUUCCUGGAUGCGGCAAGGUGUUCGUAGAAUUCAAUAGCGUGAUCGAUUGCCAAAAAGCGCAACAGACUCUCACGGGCCGAAAGUUUAAUAAUCGUGUUGUAGUUACAUCAUACUUCGAUCCCGACAAGUAUCAUCGUAGAGAAUUCUAAGCUGUAGACUUCUCUUUUCAUACCAUUUAAUUAUAUAUAUAUAUAAUGCAAUGUAUAUGUGAAUUUGAAUAAUCUAAACCUAAACGUACUUCAAAUGAGAAUUACACAUUUACCAAUAAUCGACGAUAACGUUAAGGUUGAUAAGAAAUUGCCGCGUUAAGUAACAAACGAUUAGAAUUGUAAGUAUAUCGCAACAUGACCGCAACGCGUUUUCUUCGCGCUUUAAAAACACGAUAUGAACAUAUGUAAUAAUAAUAAAUACAAUUGGUCGUUAAUAUAAGGUGAACGAUGGUAAUCGAUAAUUUGAUAUUACCUGUUAGGAGAUUAAGAGAAUGAGUAGACGAUCCUGCAGAGAUUAAUAAAGCAAGAAUAUAACAUCA